CAAAAACUCUCAUGUGGCAUCGACAAACUACUAUAUAUGCACAUACCCAAAGCUAAAACUGUGUCAACGUGCAAAGCAGCCAGCUUUAUUAGCAAAGAAGACAAAAGAUAUGGCUACUACUCCCGGAAUUCUCACCGACUGGCCAUGGACUCCUCUUGGAAGCUUUAAGCAUGUGGUCGUGGCUCCUUGGAUCAUUCAUGGUGCAUACUCGUAUUUCGUUAACGAUGAGAAAGAUAAAGAUCUAUCUUAUUUCCUCAUAUUUCCAUUUAUGCUGUGGAGGUUUCUCCACAACCAGUUAUGGAUCUCUCUUUCUCGAUAUCGGACGGCCAAGGGCAAUGGCCGGAUUGUUGACAAGGGUCUUGAAUUCGAGCAAGUCGACAGAGAAAGAAACUGGGAUGAUCAAAUAUUGUUCAAUGCAAUUCUAUUCUAUCUGGGGAGACACUUACCUGGGGCUGUAAACCUGCCAUUUUGGAGGACAGAUGGAGUUAUUCUAACGAUUCUACUUCAUGCCGGUCCAGUGGAGUUUCUCUAUGUUGGAACCCCCAGUCCCACAUCGGACAGAGGGAGAGCUUUUUGUGAUAAAACCCCACACCUGAGGAUUGUGCAGGUGGUUAAGUGGGGACAGUAUCGGUGUUGUUGGAGUGGGCCCUCGGCCCGUCAACCUGAAAAUUUCUACAUGGUAUCAGAGCCAGGAGGCGGGCCCGUACUGCCACGUUAUUGGGUGGGUCCCCGUUGGCCCCGCGUGAUUGUCCACAGAGCACUUCACCACCAUUUCCUAUACUCUCGCUACCACUCACAUCACCAUUCCUCCAUUGUCGCUGAGCCAAUCACUUCUGUGAUUCACCCAUUUGCGGAGCACAUCUUAUAUUUCACACUCUUUGCUAUACCAUUGAUGACAACUAUACUCACCGGAACAUCUUCUAUCGUAAGCUUUGCUGGUUAUGCAACUUAUAUCGACUUUAUGAACAACAUGGGACAUUGCAAUUUUGAGCUCAUUCCAAAGUGGCUCUUCACUAUUGUCCCUCCUCUCAAGUAGGUCUGGCAAACGGGU